GGGCUCUCGCUGCUGCAACAGCGACGGCCUUCCUUGCUGCCGGCUGCUCGGCCCUUCGGCAGAGUCGGCGCAGAUGGAGGAGGUGCCAGGUGUCACUUGCACGGCCAGCUACUGCGACCGAGACUGCAGCACCGGAACGCGUACCUGUGAUUCUGCUGAGCGGCUUUUUGGGCACAGGGAAAACCACUUUGCUGCGGCACUGGCUGGAGAACACAACGGAUCGCGUUGGCAUCGUGGUAAACGAUGUUGCUUCCGUCAACAUCGACUCGAAGCUUGUGCAGCAGCAGUCGUACAAUGCAGAGGGGGAGGUGAAUGCUAUCCAGCUGGCGAACGGCUGUGCCUGCUGCUCAUUGGGAGAUGAGCUCCUGGUAGACAUCUCUGAUUUGAUCGAACUCUCCGGCGGGGAAAGACCCUUCAAACAGAUUGUUGUGGAGCUGAGUGGGGUCGCAGAGCCGGCGCGCGUUUGCGAGAACUUUGCCUCCGCUAGGGAAGCCGGGUAUUAUGUGGUGAAUGGCGUGGAGUUGGGCCAAGUUGUCACAGUGCUUGAUGCCUCAACUUUCUGCGAGGAGUACAUGGAGUACUCGCGAUUGUAUGAGCGAGAAGAUUUGAUGGAUGGCGACGUGGGGGAGAUGGCCGAGGUGGCAGUGGUCGAGCUGUUAGUUGAGCAGACGGAGGCUGCUGACAUCGUCAUCCUGAACAAGACGGACAUGGCGACAAAGGAGCAACUCGAUUUAACACGCGAGGUAGUGAAGGCAAUCAACAAGAAGGCCAGAAUCAUCGAGACCACCUUUGGCAAAGUCACACUCCAGGACGUGCUCGCUGAAGAUCAUUCAGAAGCCAGACAUGAUCAUUGCGAUCAUGCUCACGAAGAGCAUGGCCACGAAGGCCACCAUGACGACACGCAUGCAGAGCAUGGCCAUGGCCACGAAGAGGAGCACAGCCAGGCCCACAGCCACGCUAGCGACUGCAGCGAGCCAGGGUGCAGCGAUGCCAGUCAUGGCCACAGCCACAGCCAUGCGGAUGACUGCAGCGAUCCGGAUUGCACGGACCACAGCCACGGUCAUGAUCACGGACACUCUCAUAGUCACAGCACGACGACCGCCGAGGAUCGGUUUGGGAUUACUUCCUUCACCUACAGAGCACGGCGGCCUCUCAGCGAACAGCGCUUCACGGAGGCCCUGCAAAAGUGGCCGAUUCCAAAACACAGCGACCUGAAGCUCAUGCUUGAUGAUACAGAAACCAAUCCUGGUCACCCUCUGCGCAAAGUCAUUCGCUCGAAGGGCUUCUGCUGGUUGGAAACCCAGCCGGCUACCCGGGUCUACUGGAGCCAGGCUGGCAAGGACAUGCAGCUUACCUACAAUGGUCUUUGGUGGGGCGCGAUGACACAAGAUCAGCUCAAGCUCAUGCAGAAGAUGGCAACCGGGGAGUACGACAGGGCUCGUCGUGAGGACUGGGAUGAUGAGUGGUGUGACCGUCGUCAGGAGCUCGUCUUCAUUGGUCGGCACCUGGACGAGGCUGCAAUCCGCAGCAUGCUGGACAAGUGUCUUCUCACCGACGAUGAGAUGGUCUCUUACCGGAAAAUGCAGGAUGCAUCGAUGCAGGAGCAACCUGAAAAGGGCGGUUGA